AUGGCUACAAUGCAUAAUUUUUGUACAUAUAAUGUUGAAGAAAUUGUAUUUGAGGUUUAUGCAGGCUGGGAAAUAUCGUAUUUUGUCAACCCUCUAGAGCGUUCAUGCCAAUGUGGAAAAUUUAAAGCAUUGAAAUACCCAUGUAGUCACGCCGCAACCAUGACUUUACACAUUCGUCGGAACCCUCAUCAAUAUGUGGAUGAUGUGUUCAAGACAACAAACUUGGUUAAUGCAUACUCAUUUCUAUGGCAGCCAAUUGGCAAUGAGCAAGCUAUUUCACCCAGUAUAGGUCCAGUGGUCAUAACUGAUAAGAAUAUGUUGCAUGCAAAAGUCCGUCCAAAGUCGACCAAAAUACGCAACAAGAUGGACGAGGUUGAAACUAGUCAAGCACACUAUAAAUAUGGUCUUUGCAAGCAACCUGGGCACAAUCGUAUGUCGUGUCCUGUUUGUGGAUCUAAUUCGUGA